UAUCUCCGCUUGUCUGCUGGUUUUCCUAUCUCUUGGAUCGGAACCAAUAUGAAAUUGCUGCUCGACUCCUCCUCGUCGCUCCUCUUCUCGCUGCUAUUGGCUCAGCUCCCUGUGCUCACGUCUGCCUCUCCAGUACCGCAGCGGCGGCCCAGUGACAUGGAUAAACUUUCCAAUCAGACCAAAAAUCUAAUGAAGCUCACCCAAGAACUGCUGAGGGAGCAUGCAUUUGACUCAGAUGUGGAGCCCCACAGGUUCAGGUCUCUGCCAGAAAUGAGCAACAGAUCAGCCAGUGACCUCAACAAUCUUGAGCUGAAGCCCACACUCUCUCAGCUGCAUGCUGACCUGAAGCUGUAUGAGCACCACUUUGAGUGGCUGAACAAGGUUUCAAAGAAGCACCACCACCCUGCAGUGCCCAAGCUGGUGGAGAUGAUCAGAGAAAUGAAAUCUCUCAUCACCCUGCUGCACCGUCAGAUGCAGAGAGUUGAAGCACCGAGGCUCACUCCGGCGACCCCCUCCCUCCCCCCUCACCUCCCUUAUCAGUUUGAUGUCUUGCAGUCCAGCCAUGAGCUUCUUCAACACUUCAAGCUCUUCUGUGAUUGGGCAUACAGAGCAUUCAUCAGCCUCAAGCCCAAAGUUACUGCAGUACAAUGAUGACCCGUAAACUAUUUGGCUGCAGAGCCAUGACGAUACAUGGAGUCCCACCUCAGCCAAAGGGGAAUUAGGACCAUGUCAGUGUGCACUGUAGUCUAUAGCAUCCCUUAAGAGGCCAAAACAUCAACCAAUGACAUGUGUGUUGAAGAACGUGUCUUUCCAUCAGAGCCAGUGAGGAUGCGCUAUACUGCAGCCAGUUACGACCAUCAAGAUUCCCGUUAAAGCAAACAGCAAGUUUAACUAUGAUGAUCAUUUCAUAAUUCCCCAAACUUUCUCCUAAAGGCCUUGUUCAUGACCAUGUUAUUUAUGUAUUUAUUUAUUUAUUGACUGGUAGUAAUUUAUUUAAUUUUAUUUAUUUGGAGUUGAAAUGUGUCACUCUCAUCUUUAUUUCUGUAUUAACGUGAAUUUAUUUGCCCACAUCUUUGUAAUCUUUCUUUUUGUCUUGUGUCUCACUGAUCCUCAAGAAAAACAGUAGCACUUCAUGAACCUAUAGCUCUGAUAAUGACUUUUGUUUAAACUAACUUAAUUUACUUUGCAUUUGUGUAUUUCUUCAGCCAAUAAUUCUUCCAGUAGAUGUAGCAUGCAUUUUGGAUAGCCAAGGUUUUCACUAUCUCUCACUUACAGUGCCCUUAAAAUAAACAUUUUAAAAGAUGUAAAUUUCAUCUUCUAACCAUUUUAAAUGUGUCACAUAUUAACAUAUCGAAUGAUGGCCUAUGAAAUUAAUUGUUUUAAUCUGUAAAUGUCAGGAUGGUAGUCAAAGAGAAGUGAAUACUUUCUUUUGUACCACAGGCAGAGUUUCUAUUUUCGAUGCCUGUUUUUUGCGUUCUGCAUGAGGGGGCAUAUUUAACAUUGUGGUAAAGUUGUAUGAAUGUGCCCUGUUGCUGAGCACUGAUGAACCUGAUUAGAUUCUUUGCACAAACUUGUUAGGAUUAGCCUCUUGGAUGAGUGAGAUGGCUGAUUUU